AAACACCAGCCAAAAAGCCAGAGCUCCAGUGGACCCACCUGGUAGAGAAGAGGCCCACAGGGGGGACUCACUGGCAGGCCAAAACCACCUGCACCACCCCCAACUGGAGCCACCACACACUCAUGGCUCCUCAAGCUAUGCCCAUACCACAGCUGAAUGGAAUGAUCUAUACUGGCUAUGCUCCAGCACCAGUCGCUUUUCCCAUGACGACACAGCAACUGCCUGUUUAUGGAAUGAUGCCUCCUCAUCAGAUGGGACAGAUGGGUGGAGUCCCUAUGAUGGCACCACAGUCUAUGAUGUACAACCAGCCUGUCCUGCGACACACCAAUCCAUUCGCCCCCAUGCCAGGAGCCCAGGCUUAUUUUCCUAUGCAGAUGCACUUCAUGUAGGACCGGGAGUAUUUUACCAUGACAGCAAAGCAGAGAGACAAAACAAACCAAUCCAGAACCAAAUACAAUGCAAGAUAGAGGAGCAGAAGAUCGGAGUGGAGACAGACUGGAGACGUGUUGGUGUCCGUGCUCUUUCAGUGGCCUCUGUGGAAUAGAACCUCUGUUACAUUGUGUAUCAUGACUGAUAGUCCCAUCCAAAUCUUUUGAAAAGUCACAGCUCACAUUCAUUUUGUAUUUGAUUUGAUCAUUUGAAUGGGUAAUGUUCUGUCUGUUGAACCCAUGGUAUGAUAUAUUCCAGUUUGGAGCUUGGCCCUUUGUAGUGAAUUCCAGACAACUGCCAGCCCCCAUCCACCAGUGUCUAUCUCUUUCUCUAAGAGUUUGCACGCACUUUAAUCAAUGUCUACAUGCGCAUUGUCCACUUAGCAUCUCAUACAAAGCACUACAGUACCGUUACGUCUUUUCUCUCCAAGGCUCAUGUCAGAGUUGCUGUUCCCAUCAUUGUAACAUGGAUAAGUGUGUCCUUUUUUGUGUGUAUUUAAAUCAAUGUACACCACCAUCAGUAUUCAUUCCAUUUUGCUGUAACUGCAAAUUCCAUAGCCAGCUGUAGUAAGACCUUGGAUAAAUGGCUUGGAGACACAUGUUGUGUGUAUGUACUGUGUAUCUGUCUGAGGGCUAGGUAGCACUCAGACAUCUAAAUGUACAAAGGCUAUUGUGUAUUGUUUUCAUAGGUUCCUGUGAAAGCUGUGGUCUGCAUGGCAUUGACUGGCCACUGUGCUAGUUCGAAAUGGAGCACUCCAUGUCUACAUACAUCCACAAACUGAAAGUAUUACUCCUAUGAAAGCAAUGAAGAAGGUCCACUCAUAAUUUCAUAUGUAACCGUCAUAACACAUUCUGCCUCUGCUGUCCCGUCCAUUGUUCGCUCUGCUUGAGGUUGUUUUAUAUGAUCCAUGUUUCUUGAGCUGCUACAACAGAUUCUGCUCUUUGAAACUGGUUGCGUUUUCUAGAUAGAUGUGCUGUUCUUGUAAUGGUCCUACCAGUCUUGCCCUGUCUGUGAGUAAACGUUGGGAGAGUGUGUUCUUUGUUUUUCUUCUCCAGCUAACUGUAUUGCUCCAGGUUGAGGCCUACUGAGUUGUUGCGUCUGUCGUUGUGUUUCUGAGUGGCAGUUAUUGUAGUGUAGCUCCUCACCAACCACUGGGGAAUGUUGUUGAGGAGCUCUUUCUGAGACUGCGUCCUGAGACAGUGAAACUGACACUCGCUCUAGUAAAUCAGCAACUAUCUGACGUACUGUUGCUGACUCCAGCCCCAGAGAGAGCCUAGCUGUCCGGAACUUUAGCAGAAGGCAGGGGACAAGUGAGGAGGAAGUACAGGGAUCUGUAAAUGUGAUCACGGGUCAUGUCUGUCAAACUCCCAAAAGAACUAACGAUGACAGACCGCAUAUAUAGCACAAACCCUGGAGGGGUUAGCGUUCUACUGCACAAAACUAAAACCAUUGCUGGGAUGUACAGUCGAAGGGGCUGGGGAAAGCUUUGUUUUCUAUUGAUUGUGUUUCUCUAUGUCCAUGCCUUCCCCGUGAGAUAAACAGGGUAGUGAUCCUCCACGAGGCCUCCCAGCUUCUGGGUCCUCCGAGGUCAAUGAGGUCACUGAAGUCAUCCAGGCAAUCCGGUAGGGUGUAUUUAGCAAUGAGUAGUCAAGUGUUGUAACGUGUCUCAAUACAUGUCCGUCGUCUGUUAGAUUGCUAUAGAGCCUCUCAUUCUGCUAAUCAUUGGCCUGUCGGACUACUGCAUUCUGAUCUGUGACCAGCCCACAUUGUGUAGAUGUUAUUUGAAACGUUGUAGUUCAGUCUCAAUGUCCUCUGUGUCAGUUAAAUGGUUUCAUGCAAGAUUGUGCAGUCCCAUAGACCAAUUCUGACCGUUCUGCUGUCCUCUGUAUAUAACCUCAUGUGUUUUUGAUGUGUUCUCUGUAAGUGAUGGCCCAUGGAGAGACAUGGGUUGUUAUAGCUGUGUCUGUGGUGGGGUUAUUGUGUUUGGAGAUGUCAUGGGUUGUACGUCUGUAAUGUUUGUCUACAUCUUGAUGAGGGAUUGGCGUUGGGUUCAACAGUAUCACAACUUGUCUACCAAGAGUGUCUUCAUUGUGGCAGUGGACACUGUCCUCUCAGUCCGUACAGGAACAUUUUGCACCAAAGUCAUCAAGCGCAGCUUUCUCAAGGUCACCUUGCUGAUAUCCAAUUUGAAGGAAUUUGAUUUCAGAGACAAGUCUUUAUGCAUGAUUAGUGUUGUCUUUUUAUUGACUUGUGUGCCCGGUAAAAAGCAUGAUCAUGUGUGAAAUUUCACUUACCGUGUGCUUGCUAAACAAUAUUUUACUUACCUCUUUACAGAAGCAUUCAUUGGAAUUCAUAAAUGUGUGUCCCACCAGUAAGACGUCUGUGUUGCAUUCGAAAUGCAAUUCGGAAGCUCUAUCAAAUCAGUUAUGAGACCACACGUUUGUGAAACAACAUGAAUGUGAAUGACAUGCAUCACCCUGCUAGCUAGACAUUAGUCUGCAAAACCCCUCUUUAUUAAAGCGUUGCUAUUUUCAAUACAUUUGUUGAAUGCUUGCUCUUUUUUGAGUACUCUGACAACAUUUUUGGACAUCUCUAAGGAUUUCUUGUCCCCUUGUCAUUGGACCACAUCAUUCUUUGCCAAUAAGCUUCCUUUGUGUUUGCAGUGGAAAAUCUCACUCCCAUAUCUUUUGGCCACUGAAAGAUGUUCGACAACAUGCGUUUUCACUUUUUGCCUGACUUUCUCUGGUUAUAUAUAAUAUAUGCAUAUUUCACAAUGUGAGAACAGUAUUACCUACUGUAUACCAUACUGUCUGUCUGGAAACUGUAAUUUUUCCUGUGAUGAAAGCAUUGUCCAGGAUGUCCUGUUUGAGGAGUGAGGGCCCAUACCUUUUGAGUUUCAUUUUGUUUUUGUACAUCAAAUGGAUUGAUAAUACAUAAUACCCUGUAUUGUCAAUGAUACGUUACAUUGUUAUAAACAAUUGGUUCUUAUUUUAAAUGCAGAGGUUGUUGUUUUUGGAAUAAAAUAGAAUAAAAUGUCAUAUUUUG